AUGUCGAUAGACAUUACGAUAGAAGAUCAGGAAACUCAACAAGUUGAGAAUUUUCUCGAAAGAAAUCCGGCAGUGAUGGAAGAUAUAUUCCUGAAGAAAGCCCACAUUAACCUGGUGAACAAAUGGCUGCUAAAGAACGGCUAUUGCUCUGUGGUCAAUGCCAAUGCAACCCAAUCGGACGGGCUUUGGUCACCAACCUCACCAAAGGAACAUAACAACGAAGCAUUCUUUGGAAAACUCAGAAGGAACAAUUCAAAGAAGCAUCUAAGACACGACUACGCGAGUUCAAAGAGUAGAAACAUGUUCAGAACCUGUGAGCCCGCUGUGACUUCCGAUUCGUCGUCCGUCGAACGUCGAAACAGUCUUAAGGAGAUGAAAAUAUUUCGGUCCCUACCACCGAGCUCUAGCAACCUAUUAAGUAUGCUUAUACAGUCUAAAAUCCGUCUCCCACGCUUUCCAAGCAAGGAUAUUGAACGCAAGAGGGACGAAAGGCAUAUGAACGAGAUGGAGUUUUUCAUGGACAUAGUAAAGGAUAUCUCAAAUGACCUUGAUCUGUUAAGUCUUAGUGAAAAGAUCGUUGCAAAUGUGAGUGUGUUAUGUGAUGCUGAUCAUGCGUCGGUGUUUGUGGUUGAAGGAAAGAACACCGCCAAGCCAUCCCUGGUAUCGAAACUCUUUGACGUUCAUGCUGGUACACAGAUUAUGCCCACAAAGACGCUUACAAAUCAUGUUCUUGUUCCGUGGGGAAAAGGAAUCAUUGGAUACGUUGCAGAGCACGGUGAGCCCAUCAACCUGGUGGAAGCUAGUAAGGAUGAGCGCUACAAUGACGAGGUUGACCGCAUCACUGGUUACAUGACGAGCUCCCUGCUGUGUAUGCCUGUCCGGAACUCUGACAGCGACAUCGUGGCCGUGGUUCAAGUAAUCAACAAGUCCAAUGAUCUGAAGUUUACCAAGGAAGAUGAAAAGCUCCUGUCCGCCUAUCUGUCCUACUGCGGCAUUGCCAUCAACAACGCCCAGAUCUUUGAGGCAUACAGCCUUGAAUAUGAACGAAACAAGCACCUGCUAGAGGUUGUCCACGAUUUGUUCGAAGAGCAGACGUCACUUGAGGAAGUUAUCUCGAAGAUCAUGCAGCGUGCCCAGUUUCUCCUGAAAUGUGAACGCUGCUCUGUCCUUUUGAAGGCGGAACCAGGCGAAGAGAAGACAUUCGGCAAGGUGUUUGACCUCGCUUAUCCCUUGACCAACAGGACAAGUAGCAACCAUUCUGCUUUACGAAGACGCCAGCAGUUUUCUCGAGCCAAGCUAGAAGCAGGUUGUGCAAGGUUUCGAUCAAAUAGCGCACCUUGCUGUACAUUUCCAUGCCUAGACCCAACCACCGAUCUCCGUGUUGGCAACAAACUCGCUGAACUGGUUCUUAGAACAGAAGAAACUAUCAACAUAGCGGAUGCAUAUUCCGAUCCGCGAUUUGACAAAGAGAGAGAUGUUCUUAGUGGCUUCCACACGCGCUCAAUUCUAUGCAAGCCUAUAAGAAACCGAUACGGGCAGAUUAUUGGAGUGGCAGAAAUUAUCAAUCGUAUAGAUGGACUUCCUUUUGACGAACAUGACGAACAGCUGUUUGAGGCAUUCACUAUUUUCUGUGGACUCGGCAUCAACAAUGCUCAGCUGUACGAAGAAGUAGCUCUUUCCUCGGCGAGGCAAACUGUCGCUCUCGAGGUGUUGUCAUACCAUGCUGGCGUGGAGACGGAUGAGGCUGACAAAUUCAAGCAACAUCACGUUCCACCCGCCCCUGAGUGGCGACUGAAUGAGCUUAAUUUCAACGAUUUUUCCCUCUCAAAUGACGAAAUGGUACUUGCCGGAAUACGAAUAUUCACAGAUCUGGGGCUAAUGAAGACAUGCAGAAUUGAAUAUGACACAUUGUGCAGAUUCCUUCUGACAGUUAGGAAGAACUACAGAAAUGUCGCCUACCACAACUGGAGACAUGCCUUCAACGUAUGCCAGCUAAUGUUCGCAACUAUGCAAAAAUGCAACCUCCGCCAUCUGUUAACCCGCAUAGAAUGCCUGUCGAUGAUUGUAGGCUGUAUAUGCCACGACCUUGACCACCGAGGAACCAACAAUGCCUUCCAACAAAAAACCAGCUCAGCUCUUGCACAACUUUACGGCACCCGUGCGACACUGGAGCAUCAUCACUUCAACCAUGCGAUCAUGAUAUUGAACAGCGAGGGUAACAACAUCUUUUCCAACUUCUCUUCCGAGGAGUACAUCAACGUUAUCAACCUACUGAAGCACGCUAUCCUCGCCACGGAUCUCUCCCUGCAUAUACAGGUUCGCAAGACGUGGUUUGCUAUGGUAGACGAGGGCCGCAUAGACUGGGACGACAAGGGUCUCAAGGAGAUCUUCAGAAGCAUCCUCAUGACCACCUGCGACAUCGGGGCCAUCACCAAGCCAUGGGAGGUCUCCAGAAAAGUAGCAGAUUUGGUAAUGGCCGAAUUCUUUGAUCAGGGAGAUAAAGAAAGGUCUGAAUUAAAAAUAACUCCACAAGCUCAUAUGGAUAGAGAAAAGCAAGACCAGUUACCGUCUCUUCAGCUUGCAUGGAUAGACGGAAUAUGUCGGCCAUUGUUCUUGAGCUUAAUAAAGUUUGAUCCUUCAUUCCAACCUAUGUUAGAUGGGGUCCUUAGCAACCGAGCGGAAUGGGAGUAUUUGGAUACAGAACGACUCGCCAAGGAGGCCAGAGAAUGACUCGUAUGACAUGAACUUCCAAUCUCUCGCAUCGUCUUGUAAGCCCGAAAAAAGAUUCAUUGCGUGAUUAAUUACAAAAAUUUUCAUCGCAAAGAAAUUUAUUGAUAAAAGUAAAGUCACUCGCAUCGUCAAGAAAUUUUGGAAUCCAGUGCAUUAAAUGACAUGAUUCUUAAGAAUGGAAACAAUAUAGUCCUUUAUUAUUGUAAAGCCAUUGAUCUUAUCGAAAAAGGAAUUUUGAAAUAAACGAUAUGUUCAUCCAAAGUUACCCAAAAAAACGUACGUUUGAAUUGUUUUCUUUUACAAUGAACAUUAAGUUACGCAAACUUUUUUAUCGAGUGUUUUUACAUAAAAGUUGUCACACAUUGUUAUAUACUGCAAUUAUUUUACGGAGUGCUUCGACUGAUAUUAAAA